AGCAAAAUAAGGAAGAAUCCCCUUAUAUUUAGAAAACAGAUUAAAGCUACUCUCUUCAGCCAACUCAUUUACAGAAUCGUGAUUCUAUCUACCAAAUAAACAAGAAAUCACAACAAACCUGAUACCCUCUUCUUCUUUGAGCAGUAAAAAAAAGGGUCAAAAUUCAUUAAAACAAACAAAAAAACUACCUUCUUUAACCAUAACGCCCCCUAAUUCUCUCCAAUCAAAUAUAUACACAACCCCCACGAAGAGAAUUUCUUUAUUCUCAAUCUAUUCCGCAACAACAACAACCCUCUCCCACUCUCUCUAUCUGUCUCCGGCCGGCUUGGUUUCAUUGUUGUUGAUUUGGUUUCACUGUUGUUGUUGAGCAAUGGCCGUCAAGCCUGUAACUAUUACGCUCUCUGUGGCAUUUGUUGGCAUAGUUUCCUUUAUACUUGGAAUUGUUGCUGAGAACAAAAAGCCUGCUGCUGGAAUUCCCUUGGCUGGAGUUGGUGAAACCAUUUGCAAAUUUCCAUCAGACCCAACUGUGGUUUUAGGGAGUUUAUCAGUUGUAGCUCUUUUCAUCUGCACUGGUCUUGGAUUCGUUUCUGUGUUUUACCCUUACAAAGGCCAAUCUGUUCCUAAAGAGGCGUUGUUCCAAAGCACUGUCUUAGUUGUCUUCAUCUGGGUUGCUGUGAUAAAUUCUUUCUUUGGUGGUCUAUUGAUGCUUUGGGCAACAAUUUCCGAAAGCCUUCACCACAUGAACAAUGUGCAUCACUCAGCUGACUAUGCCUGCCCUACAGCCAAGACUGGGUUAUUUGGAGGAGCUGCAUUUCUCUGCCUCAAUGCAAUGCUGUUUUGGUUGAUUUGCCAAAUGUUGACACACAAUGCUAGAGAGGACUACCUCGAAGUGGAUAACAAGGGUGAUUAUGGACAGGUUCUCGCUACCACCGAUUACGAAGCCAAGGUAUAGAGAGUGAUGAUCAAGUUAUGCAAAAAAAACAAGCAGACUACCAUUCAUUAGCUAUAUUAGUACACCUUCUUAGUUGCUGUACAUAUAAACUUCUAAUAAAAAAAGAAUCUAGCCAAGGAAAGCCGAGUGUUUUUUUUUCUUUCGUAAAUUGCAACAUUAUUUCAAGCAUGUUAAAAACUAGAUGCUUUGCCUUCUUAUUUUUCUCUGGUAUACCUAUGAACCUAUGGGAGUCUGUCAAUUAUCUAUAUGUACUGCACUGUAAAUAUGGGUUCACUAGUUGAUGAUUUCAGAUUUCUUUUCUUUGUUGUGACAAAA